GGAUUUGAGAGCUGAUGAGGAAGCUCUAGAACUUGCUUCUAACUCACUGCAAUAAGAUCCAGUGCUCUGGAAAGACUUGAAAUUCCACCCUGCAGUCAUGGGCUACCGUGAGAAGACAAUCAGCAAGUCCAUACUAGACGCCAUCUUCCUAGACAAACAAGACCCGAGCCGCGGGAUCCUUACGCGCAUCUUCGUCUUCUUUUCAUUUUUCCACCUCGCCCUCCAGCGUUUUUCCCCUUCACAAUUCAAGAAACUCCGUACAGAAUCAUGGCAACUCGACGAGGAAGAAUACAAGGAGUCCUUUCGCCGCGCGGCAAGACAAGGCCAGCUAAGUCCCAUUGGUGACUUGGGAUACUCUGGAUCAACAUUCUUCACAACCCCAAACUCCAAAUAUCUCAUAAAAUCCAUCCCGCGCAAGUUUGAACACGACUUCUUCCGCAACAUCCUCCUGGAUCCGUACGUUGCGCACAUCAGGGCGCACCCUUCCUCUCUUCUUGUUCGUAUUACCGACCUUCUCUACGCGCCUACAUCUACGUUAGGCGCCCUCCUCGGUUUCGCACCUUCACAUCACAUCAUAAUGGAGAAUGUGUUAUACGGUAAGGACGCCCACAGCGGCGAGGCAUAUCAAUGGGAGACAUAUGACCUCAAGCCCGCCGACUACUUUUACCCGGAGCGUGACGUGGCGGGCGGUAACUUGGCAUCCGACAGCACGAAGAGCAAGCUGAUUGAUAUAUUUGGGGAUAAAGUCCGUGUGAGCAACGGCGAACGACGGGAGAUGCUUGCGACGUUGGAGGCGGACACGAUGUUGCUGAGGGAAGUAGGCGCGGUGGAUUAUUCGUUGUUUCUGAUUCGAUAUCCGCAAGGGUUGAAGCCACCGCAGCUGCCAUCAGGGACGGACGAGCCUUGGAGAAACGGAUUGGAAUCAACGGAUGGGCAGUGGGUGUAUCGAGCUGUGAUUCUGGACUUCUUCUGGGCCAAGAGUGCGCUGCAGGCAAAGGCUAUGGAGGCGCUAAUUAGGGGGUACAAUCUGCUAGACUUACAGGGACCUAUGAGUAUCACUACCUCACCCGCUGAGUAUCAAAAGCGGUUCAUGGAGAUGGUAGCUGGUAUAGUCAUCAGUAACGAGGCUGGUGACGGCGGAGAGAUCCACGGGCAAGGUUCCAGCGAACAGUGAAUCGCGCAUGAUGGAGUGUUCUCGAGAGAGACCGCGUCCGAUAUCGCAUCAGCUUCAAAUUGCAGUGUUAAGCAAGCCCUGAGAUACCCUUUCAGUAAUCAUUUGAUAAUAUACAUACAACCCAUUGCUGCGUAUAUACAAAGUGAUGCUUCCACAUAUCACUUUGCUUGUCGUACACCACAGCGCAAUCUCCAAUGGCCCCACGGCCGAAGUUCA